AUGCCGGCUUCAGGGAAAGGCGCUCUUCCCUCGACAAAGUCUAGUCCUUUCGAUGAUGAUUUUCGGACAUCUAAGAAAGACAAACGCCAAAUUAAACAUGCUGCCUUAAUGUCCAAAAUAGAGAAGAACUCUCAAAAGACCACAAAACGUCGACGGGCAUCAAAGAAACUCGUUGCAAAUCUUGAAUCGCUUGCCGAUGCCCUUCCAGAAACCGAGGUUGAAAUGAACGAUGCAAACAAUCAGGUGAACGUCAUUAAACAGAAAACGCUGAAGCAUAAACCUGGCGCUAUGAAGCGUAGGCAACGAUUGGAACAAACAGAAAGAGAUCGUUUUGCGAAGAACAUGGCACAGAUGUCGACGAUCGAUGCGACUACUACACCAAAUACAGAAUCGGACAACCAGGCGGACUCUGUGUCGAACCGUUGGGCUGCAUUGCGCAGUUUUAUCUCGCAAACUAUGGAGCAGCAGCCUGUCUUCAAGGCAACGAAGUGA